AUGGCACUUCAAGUCUUAUUCCUCCUCUCCAUUUUGGCUUUGGCCCAUGUGGCCACGUCAUCAAUUUGGGACUCUGGGGCCCAUUGGCGCCUCACUGAUUUCACCACCCACAUGCAAGAAAAUGGCCUAGAUGGCUAUAAGAAGUGUAAUGGGGUGAUUAUGGAGUGCAUGGAAGAGGAGGAGGAGGAGAUGAUGAUGAUGAUGGAUUCUAAGGUUAGACGACGUGGGCUUGUUGCUACUACCACCAAUCAUUUCAUUAGCUACGACGCACUGAAGAAGAACAUGGUCCCAUGCAACCACCGCGGCGCUUCCUACUACAACUGCCAGCUCGAGGAGAUGAAGACCGUUAAUCCAUACCGGCGUUCUUGCACCAUCAUCACACACUGCCAGAGGAUGCUGUUGGAGAUGAAAUGA